AUGGAGAACGAACCGCAGUCCGCCACCUCCUCGAGGCGGGGUCGUCUGAUGGGGAAGCUGUUUGCUCUCAAGGAGAAGGAUCGCAAGCCGACCGCCGAAGAGACGGGAAACAACAUCAACGACUUCCUCAAUGGGCCCUCCGAUACCCUGCAGGUUUCCCACGCGACACCGCAGAGCGCCCUUCCCCAGCUCACGAAGCUCGACACCAGCUCAGCAACCCGCUACCCCCAGGCUCUCAAUGUCGCCAGUCACUCCCAGCAGAGCCUGACUCUCCCGAUUCACUCUGCUCGCAGUCCCGCGCAAAGCCCCGGUCUGCCACCCCCUCGGAGCCCGCGUCGCAUCAACAGGAGGAACCUGAAUGUUCGCUUUGUAGACUCAUACCCCGAGAUUAUCGGCGAGGGAGGUGACGAGUCGGAAAUCCCCGCUAUUGAGGUUUCGAGAAAUAAGAAGCAACGUCCACCCAUCGACACCCAACGCCAAAAGCCCAUAGCCGAAGUCCACGAUUCCCCGCCGAGAGCCCCCUCUGCACCGAAGAACGACGCCGACUUCGCCCCAGGCCGUCUGCGUCGCACCCAGACUGGAUUUUCUUCCAUCCAUGAGCCCGAGCCUAGAGAGCCUCUUCCUCCUCCUCCAGGUCCCAGGGAGGUUGCACCAGGUCACAAUGCCUCAGCGCCGUUCCUGGACACUCCUACCAGCGCCAAGGAUGAGAACCGGAAAUCCUUCAUCGAGUCUCACCAGGCGGAGAUGCGACAGGCAGAGGGCAGAGCUUUCGCUGAGGCCGCACGCUCAGCAAGCCAGUCUUCUCAACCUCAGGGCGAUGAGCGUGCUGGCUACACACCUGUCACACCUCAAAUAAUCGAGUCACCAACAAAGUCUCCCGACCUCCACAAGAACCCUCCCGACCAAAGUCCCUCUUCCGUUUACUCUGCUGGUAGCAGCUUUGGCCAGCAAAGCACUGCAGGUGGUGGUGCCAGCUUCUCGAGACAAACAUCUGUCAGCUCUCAGCACAAUAUGGCCCCUCCCGCUUCCAUGACUUCCAGACAGCCCUCCUUCAACCUGCACGACGCGGUCCUUGCAGUUGGGGAUGACGCCCUGAACACAUUUGUUGCACGCACACGCCAUCUGAAUGAGCUUUUCAGACUGCACGCUGAGACAAUCAAGCCCCUUUCAGCUUGUCAACCCUAUGAGCUGGCGCGUGCUGGUCUGUGGUGGUUCCUCAAAGGACGCAUGGCCCUUGAGGCAGCUGUGCGCGCCCGCCCUGGCAGUCCUCAAGAUCAGAUGCAAAACGACGUGGACCGUCAGCAGGCUUAUGCAAACCUGGCCAAGGGCUACUGGCUCGCUGAGGAGGCAAUCCCUGAGCUUAUGGCUGCCAAGGGUCUCCCACAGGAUGCUGGAAUCAAUGAGAUUCGCUCGACACUGGUUUCUACACUCAAAAAACUCACUGUUUCGAUGAAGCGGAACGGUUUCCUUCCUCCUGAGGAGGCUUUCCUGCCUCAGACCAUUGACAAGUCGAUUUGGGUCGAAUACCCCAGACUCAGCGUUGACAUGGUUGCUCUACUCACCGCAGACUCGCAAGCAGCCAUCACUGGCCAGGUCAAGGUUCCUUCGCCCCCUGAGAUCCUCGAUGCUCUUCCCCCUGGUGACACGGGUGACAACUUCACGUUCGGCAGAAUCAGCACGGACGUGUUCUUGAUGGAGCAGGGUAUGGAAUCACAGAGAUUCUACUUUCCCUGUCUCUUAUCAAUGGUUCGACCUCAGAAGCAGCCUAACCUCGUGUUCGUCAUCUCCAGUCAGCACGGAGAGGUCAACCUGCGAAUCCAGGGCAACAAGCAAAUCGGACCCACCUGGGAUGACGUGCGUUGGCGCAACGAGACCUGCUCACUUGAAGUCAAACUGCCUCGAGGUUUCAUGGUCGUUGCUCAGUGCUCGCAGUCCGACUACCGAAUGUUGUGGAGCAUGUACGACUUUGGUGCCAAGGUCCAGUCUACGCUCUAUCCCCGAUCAGAUGAACACUGCGCGUUCCGUGCCAACCUGCGAUCUUUCCAGUACUUCGAUUCUGACCCGCAGGCUCGCGCCUUCCCCAAAGAAGCUAUCCAAGGUUGCGACGUCGCGCUGUUCGAGAAGAUUCAGAAGGAGAACUCACCCACCGGCCCUCGAGCUUACCAUCGGGGCUUCAGAAUUACUGUGGUCACCGGCCCUCGCACCAGAACGCUCAGUGGCAUCAACCACAGCUACUCACCUCAACAACCGAUACCGUUUGGUUUCCUGCGCUCAGAUAACGGUGACCCAGCUGUGCUACUCAAGUACGACAAUGGCCGACAGAAAGUCACCAUGGUGCUCUCUUUCAGCGAUGAGAGGGAAAGAUCUUACUUCCAUACAUUGAUAGUUGGCACAAAUGUCCAGAAGGACGAGAGCAUCUUUGCAGACGUCCCCCUCCUCGGAUUCUCCAUCUCAACAUCUCUGAACGACAGCAAGUAUCUGCCGGGUAUUAGCAAGAUCCCGUGGACGGCGGUUCGUGUGAUCAACGAGGACGCGGAUGACGAAGUCCCCCGCACAGUUCUGUCCGACAAGUUGAGGGUCGUCGUUGAGUCCAAGCAAGGUUACCUUACCGACCGUAUCAAUGUCUCGCCUGGCGAAUUGCGAGUCAGACUGGAAGUCAAGGAUGCAAAGAGCUUGAUUGUGAUGCGACAGCCCCAAUUCGACAUGACGGCAGCAGUAUCGGACGGCUCUGUUGGCAAGGAGGUGCACAAGGAGUUGACGGAUAUGCUCCAGAUACUGCAGACUUCGCAGACCAUCCGCACAUACAGUUUCCCCACUCUCAAGGAACUUCACAACUUCCAGGCCGCUCUGACUGGUUUCACUGUUCUCUUCGACGGACUCGCCGCGGCGUUUGCCAUUUCUCGUCGGCGAAUGGUGGUGCCUAUCCACAAGAAGUGGGAGGCGGGUUGGACCAGAGUUCAGGUGAUCCAACAGAAUUCGAUCAUCCAGCUACUGGCCUUCUUCCCUGACUUCCACCACGGUCAAUGCAUGAACUUCGUUCUCAAAGGCACUGAUGUCUUCGAGACAUUCACUCGCAGCAGCAAGGCUGGUAUUAAGUUUGUCGACGCCAAGUUCCCCUUGCCGCGGAUGUCCAACGGCACCGAUGGACCGUCGGAUGACAUGGGAUUCAUCUGCAUCGACAUGCCGGAUCUGCCGGGAGAGCACGAUGACAUCUCCCUCCUCUUCGAGAACGAAGCGGAGCGUGACCGUCUUUGCAAGUGUCUUCCGGCAUCUGUCAGGGGCUCAAGAUCGCUGAGAGGCAAAUGA